AUCUGAUAAGACAAUCAGGAGGACUGGCUCAGCAAUAUAAAGCUAAAAGGGAGAUUGUCCAGACGGCAUUCGUCAGAAUAGAGUCCCAUCUAUCACACAUUCUUCGAGUUAUACGCACUUUUAAAUGUACACACGAGAAUCGCAAUAUGGACAACGCACUGAAGCUGGUGGUGCUGACGGGAGCCGAGGCCAGCGAGCCCAAGCCUGGGCGCGGCCACAUGGCUUGGUGAUCGCCCGGUCAGCCGCCGGGUGAGCGGUCACUCCCGGUCACAGGAAAGGUCGCUGAAGGCGUGAGAGGGGGUCAAAGCCGGCCUCCCUUUUAUUCGGACCAGAGGGGGGCGCAGAGCACAAGCAUGGCUUGGGUGGAGCCUGGCUACACGUUUUGAAACAUGGACUGUGCAGCCUUUGGAGUGGAUGGUGGGAAAUACAGUGACUCAGAAACAGUAGAAAGAUAUUAAAAGUAGACCUUACUCCACACGAAAUUUGUCUAUUGCUGUUAAAUGAUAAUCUGGUCACCAUGUCAUCAAUCCCUAGUCCUGGAGGCUUGGAUGAAAGAGACAUCCGCCUAUUGAAGGUGUUCAAAUGUAUUUCCUGUGAAGGAAAAGCAUUCCUCCUGUUUGUAUUUCAGAGAGGAUGUCCCAAAGGUAAAAACAAAACAGUUAAAGAGUACCUGAUGAGCAAAGGCAUGGAAGAAUCAGAUUACGAAAAAAUAUUUUAUGCUCAUAUGAGACAGACGAUUGAUGCAGACUCUUCAGGAAAAACAUUUGAUGUAAGUUUACUUCAUGCUGUCAUCAGGAAUGCUUGUGAAAAUGUUGCACCUCCCAAUGAACCUGACAAAUGGAAAGCUAAAGGUAAUAAACUUGAGAACUACUGUAGUAUGAUUAAAGAUCAGAGAAAUAGUGUUGCCAUGGUUUGGAACUUCCAGAUGAGAAAGCUAUGAUUGACUGGCUUGUAAACCUGCAAAGUCUGUUGGAGAAGGGAUACGAGUCUGCUGGCAGCCGCUACUCUAUCCCAGCCUCAAUAAUUGAUGACGCAGUAAAAAGAAUGAAUGCCAAUAUUGAAAAAAAAAGAAUGCACCAGGCCUGCCUGUAGAUGCUGACAAGUACCAAGAUGAAAUCAGAGAGCUAAGAGAGCAUUUAGAAAAUUAUAUAAAAACAGUGGAGUGGUAGAGGUAAAGGAGAAAAUAAAGGGCCAGACAAACGUGGACCCAGCAUCUUUCAUAUCAGGCAAAGAGACGCUUAAAGUGAGAGCCAUUUUCACAAAUUUGGAAGUUAUAAUGGAAGAUAAAGCACAAAGUCAAACUCACAUUGAUUACAAAUCUGUGCUAGUGCAGAAGACUGAAAAGGGAGAGAUGCCCAACA